ACCCUGCCCGUCUCUGUUACAUAAGAAACAGAGUGGAGAAAAUUUUCUGAUCACUCCGUACGGUCGUCAAAAUGUUAUCCUCGCUAAGAAAUGUGCUAAAAGUCGGUCCCCAGGCCCAGGAUUUUGCUGGCCAGUUUAUCCGGAGCUAUGCAGCCAAAGCAGCCACCAAUGCCGCUGCCGGAGCGCAAGGUAAAGUAGUCGCGGUAAUUGGUGCCGUCGUGGAUGUGCAAUUCGAUGAUAACCUACCACCGAUCCUGAAUGCGCUGGAAGUACAGGGACGUACCGCCCGGCUGGUGCUUGAGGUGGCUCAACAUCUCGGCGAGAAUACCGUCCGCACGAUUGCUAUGGAUGGUACGGAGGGUUUGGUGCGUGGACAGCGUGUGUUGGAUACCGGAUCACCAAUCCGUAUCCCGGUGGGAGCGGAGACCCUAGGUCGAAUCAUCAACGUUAUUGGUGAGCCCAUCGACGAGCGUGGUCCCAUUGACACUAACCUGUCCGCUCCGAUUCACGCUGAAGCUCCAGAGUUCAUUGAGAUGAGUGUCGAGCAGGAAAUUCUGGUAACCGGAAUUAAGGUUGUCGAUCUACUGGCACCGUACGCCAAGGGUGGAAAGAUUGGUCUGUUUGGUGGUGCUGGUGUCGGCAAAACUGUACUGAUCAUGGAACUGAUCAACAACGUCGCCAAGGCUCAUGGUGGUUACUCAGUGUUUGCUGGAGUCGGCGAACGUACUCGUGAAGGAAACGAUCUGUACAAUGAAAUGAUUGAGGGAGGUGUCAUUUCGCUGAAAGAUAAGACCUCUAAGGUAGCUCUGGUAUAUGGGCAAAUGAAUGAGCCUCCCGGUGCCCGUGCUCGUGUUGCGCUGACUGGAUUGACCGUUGCUGAAUACUUCCGCGACCAAGAGGGACAAGAUGUACUGCUCUUUAUCGAUAACAUUUUCCGUUUCACUCAGGCUGGUUCUGAGGUAUCUGCUCUUCUGGGUCGUAUUCCGUCUGCUGUCGGUUAUCAGCCAACGUUGGCUACCGAUAUGGGUAGCAUGCAGGAACGUAUUACAACUACUAAGAAAGGAUCCAUCACCUCAGUACAAGCCAUCUAUGUACCGGCCGAUGAUUUGACCGAUCCCGCUCCAGCAACCACUUUUGCUCAUUUGGACGCCACCACUGUAUUGUCGCGUGCCAUUGCCGAACUGGGAAUUUAUCCCGCUGUAGAUCCGCUCGAUUCUACUUCCCGUAUUAUGGAUCCCAACAUUAUCGGUGCCGAGCACUAUAACAUUGCUCGUGGCGUACAGAAAAUUCUGCAGGAUUACAAAUCACUUCAAGAUAUCAUCGCCAUCCUGGGUAUGGACGAGUUGUCCGAGGAGGAUAAGCUGACAGUUGCUCGCGCUCGCAAGAUCCAACGUUUUCUGUCCCAGCCCUUCCAGGUGGCUGAAGUAUUCACGGGUCAUGCCGGAAAGUUGGUCCCACUGGAGGAGACCAUUAAGGGAUUUACGAAGAUUCUGAACGGCGAAUUGGACCAUCUGCCGGAAGUCGCCUUCUAUAUGGUUGGUCCGAUCGAAGAAGUCGUCGAGAAGGCCGAACGUUUGGCCAAGGAAGCGGCUUAAGGUAGUGUGUGAAAUGAAAGUAAAUAAUAAUCGUAUGAACAGUAUAAUAUAAUCUGAAAAAUUAAAUAAAAACUGAAAAAUAACCAACAAAAGAAACAA